AUGAGCGACAUCUCCGCGGCCUCUGACCUCGGCACGAUGCCCGCCACCGGCCAGGGCGCUCUGGAUGCCUCCUCGUCGGGCGACGCUUCUUCGCCGGCGCCCUUAACCAUCCACAACGUGGACAUCCUCACCCACGUCCCCGCCAAGCUAGACUUCGACGCCGACAACUACGCCGGGUGGAGGGACGGCAUGCUCUCCGCGCUCGCCGAGUUCGGCGCCGGCGACCACGUCGAGGAGCAGGGCCACUCCCUGCACGAAGGGGACGAGGAGUGGAUGCGCGCCGACGUCACCAUCGUCCUGUGGAUCUACACCACCAUCUCCGACGAGCUGCUGGACGAGGUCAUGGCGGCCCACAGCACCGCCUACGAGGUCUGGGCCCAGCUGCGCGGCUUCUUCGAGGACGAGGGCGUGUUCGACCCCGCCGAGGAGCUCCGCGCCGCCGCGCAGGGGGACAUGUCCGUCGAUGCCUACGGCUGGCGCCUCAAGGCCCUGGCCCGCGCCGUCGCCGACGCGGGCGGCGAGCCCGUCUCCGACACCGCGCUGGCCCUGCAGCUGCUCCGAGGGGUGACCCCCAGGCUCCGGGUCAUGGGCACCUCCCUGCUCGUCAAUGACCGCUUCCCCAGUUUCAUGGAGGCCUUCUCGUUGCUGGACCUUGAGGAGUACAGACGUGAGCAGGGCGAGUUCUGA